AUGUUAUUGCAUCAUGGAUCACAUAGCUUUGAUGUGAGAGUUACAGACAUGGAAAAGUAUCGUCUUUUGAGGUUGUUUUUGGAUAUUUUUGAGGAAUCUGUUAGGCAGGAUGUGUUUUUACCUAGUACAUUUGCCCUGUUUAUUGAGUCUCCCUGUGGUAGAGUUGAGUUGGUAGAUGAUAAGACAAUGAAGCUAAUGUGGGGAUGGAAUUGGGGUAAGGACACUGCUGAAAUAUGGGUUGAGGGUACAGACAAACCAGGAGUGGUGUUUAGAAAUGCUGUUGCCACAAUUGAGCAUCAUAGGAAGGAGAGUGAGAGAAAGCUCAAAGAGAGACAAGAUGAACUUCUUAGGGCUCAAAGAAAGGAGGAAGAGGAAAUGAGGAAAAAACAGGAGAGAGAGGACAUUUUAAGGGAACUUCAAGAACAAAUGGAGUACACAGUAGCUGUGGAGGUGCAUGUGGUUGAUUGUGAGGACUUAAGCACUGAGUAUGUGAGGAUUAUAAGCAAGGAUGGUGCUGAUGAGGUGUUUCCAGGAGCCUCUCAACCACAACCCACACAAGAAUCUUCACCCUCCAAAAAACCUACUUCUCCUAAACCAAAACAAAAGGCCAAAGUCAAGCCAACUACUCCAAAAGCUCCUAAGGUUCCUAAAGCCAAGAAACUGACCCCUAAGAGGAGACCCACCCCAACUCAAAAACAGGCCACACCAAAGGCAAAAAAACCCACCCCAACAACAAAAAAGCCCACCUCAACACCACAGCAACCCACCCCAACUCCAGAACAAUCAAUCCCACCAGCACAGCAACCCACCCCAACAACACAGCAGCCCAUCCCACCACCACAGCAACCCAACCCAUCACCACAAACACACCCCAUUUUAUGA